AUGGGAAAAGGAAACAUUGGCCAAAGAGAAUUGAAAGGAUUGAAUAUUGAUAUUGAUUCGCUGCAUUCGAUUACUAAAGAGCCAAAGCGUGAGAAAAGACAAGUCAAACCUCCUAACUACUACGGUUUCCCGAAUCCGUCUCAAGACCCUCCGAGAUCAUUGAGCAGUUCUGAAUUGCCGACGCUCGGAGCUGCUUCAUCUAUCUCAAAAUCGGUUGAGCCCGCACCUUCUCUGACACGACCUGUUGGGGAGUUGUCUGCACGCGUUCCUGCCCGAAACACCCUCAAAUACCUGGUGGUUUACCAACUCGAGAACUUCCAGCAUUUUCCAUUCAACAAAGAAAUCCUCGGCCUUUGCUGGGAUCAGCACCUCAACCGACGCGUUCUCACCAAACCUUUGGUUCCUCGACGUGGCCUCCAAAAACACCUGCAUUUCAAGAAAUCCAACCUCUUGCUCGAGAACGUCAUUCUCCUUCUUCCUCUUUUCAGGAAUCUAGUCGAAAUCGCACUCAAAAGCGUCCACUACCUCGACCUGAGUGGACUCUAA